AUGGCAUUGAUGGUCAUCAACACUCGAGUAAUAACUAUAGCUCGUAUAAAAGGAGAUUCCAUGUCACCCACACUCAAUCCACUUCAAUCAACAUCUCAUCAAAACACAGAUGAUAUUGUUCUAGUAGAUCUUAUUUCACCAUGGUUAUUUCCAUGGCGAGUGUGUAUAUCCAAUACCAUUGUUCUCUUUACACAUCCACUGAAUCCUGACAUGACACUUGUAAAGCGAAUUCAAAGAGUUGGUGAUGGUAUCCGUCACAAUACCAAUACUGUACAUCCCAACCUUCAAUCUCAACCACACCAACCUGAAUCAACUCGACAGAUUAUUCCACAAGGACAUGUAUGGGUCGAAGGAGAUAACCCAAUCAAACAGCAAGAUUCAAGAGUGUUUGGAGCUGUUUCAGCAGGAUUGGUUUUUGGUAAAGUAUUAGGAGUGAUUUGGCCUCUAAAUCGGAUUGGAAGCAACUUGAAUAAACAUUAA